AGUUUUAUUAAAACGAAUUUAUUUUAUAGUAAUUUUUUUUAGAAUUGUUUAUUUAGUGACCAUGCCUUUACUUGACAUAACCAAUCCUGCGGUUAUUAUAUUUCUUAUUGAAAAUUAUGAGAAGGAAAAUCGUUUGCGUCUUAAUUGGAUACAUAAGCACCGUGAACAAAUCCAGCAAGCGGCGACUCUCAACAGGGAACCGACUAAUUACUACGAAACUGAUGUGAUCGCGCACAAUAUGAUAGUAGGGAUGGCCACGACCACCAGAGACCAUAUCGUAUCCGGAUACAACAGGAGGAAAACUCCUCUACGCGAUGCAGUUUUCGUGCCCGGAGUUAAAGAUUUACGUCACGGCCAUUCCAUUGUAGACGUUGGUCUGGGUGAUCCGAAAGAUGAUUCAAGACUCAAAAGAGCAGACGAUGAUCUAUCAAUAGAUCCAAUAAUGCGUCCCGUCGAUCCUAAAGUGAAUAAAAUCAUAUAUAAACCGAGACCGGAAUUUGGAAGGAAUAGAUAUCUUGAAACACGAUCAAAGACGUGGCCAGAGAAGAAAUACUAUUUCUCCGAGUGUUCUAAUUGGGAUUAUGGAUGGCGAAUGAAGGAUAGCUCUUUGCACCAGAAGCCGUUGUAUGGGCGGUGCUGGCACCUUCAUAGAGCGGUGCGCACUCGAGUCGGGCCACAACCAGACCCACCCUACUAUAAGUCAUCUGAUCCACCCGGCCCCACUAAGUUUGUUAGCAUAUAGUCAUAUUUUGGAACA